UCCAUGCGAAAGUGUCCACAUCGCUCUGGAUUCGUGCUGCAUCGAGGCGCGUGGGAGGAGAUUCUAGUGCGGGCGCAACGGGCUCUUCGCGGCGAUGGCAGCAAGAGAUCGAUCUUGCUAGCGGCAUUGAAGGCGUGCGGCAAUGCGCGGGAGCUCGAGACGGGUACGCUGAUCCAUGGCGAGAUCGAGCCGGAGCGGGGGCUGGAUUUGUGUGUGGCAAACACACUGAUCAGCAUGUACGCGAAAUGCGGGAGGAUGGGCGACGCUCGCAGGAUUUUCGAGGGGAUUCCAGCGCCAGACGUGAUCUCGUGGAACGUUUUGGCGCUCGGGUGUGCCGAGAACGACGAAGAAGAACUGGCUCUGGAAUUGCUGGAGAGAAUGAAGGAUUGCGGGGGCGAUGCCCGUCCAAAUGCAAGAACUUUUCUCGCGGCGGUGAAGGCUUGUAGCUCUCUGGCAGGGAAGGAACAGGGAACGCUAGUGAAUGGAAAGCUGGUGAAAGUCCGGGCAUUAGAGAAGGGAAGUAGAGUCCAUUCUGGAGCAGUGAUGGACGCGUUUGUGGCCAACUCUCUCGUGGACAUGUACGCAAAGUGUGGAAGCAUGGAGAAUUCCCGACAGGUCUUUGACGGGAUGCCGGCUCACAGUGUGGUUUCGUGGACUUCUGUGAUGCUGGGCUAUGCCGAGAACGGCCAGGGGGAGUCGGCUCUAGAACUCUUCCAACGUAUCGUCGAGUUGGACGACGACUUCUCCAGCGCAGAUGCCUCGAUCUUUGUCGCUGCGUUGAAGGCAUGCACGAGCUUGGCAGCGAAAGAGAGUGCGAGGCAAAUCGAUGGGAUCCUCGUCAAGACGUCCGCUCUGGAGAGAGGCAUCUUUGUUCACGCCAGAGCGUCCAAGAGCGGCUGGGACCGUGAUAUUUGCGUUGCCAGCACCCUGGUAAACAUGUAUGCCAAGUGUGGGAGUAUGGACAACGCUUGCAUGGUUUUCAACAGCAUGCCUCGCCACGACACUGUCUCGUGGACUGCAAUGAUGAUCGGCUAUGGCGAGCACGGAGAUGGCGAGCUCGUCCUCAAGCUCUUCGAGCAGAUGCAGGCUCAAGGUUGUGUUCCGGAUUCCUUUGCUUUUGUUGCUGCUCUAAACGGGUGUAUAUGUUUGGCAGAGAAAGAAGCCGGCACGCUGAUCGACGGAAAGGUUGUCAAAGUCCAAUCUGUGGAGAAAGGCAUGGCUAUGCACCAUCAAGCUAAAAGACAUGCUUGCGACUCAAACAGCUUUGUCUCCAACAGCAUGAUAAAUAUGUACGUCAAGUGUGGGAGCAUGCUGGAUGCCAGGAUAGUCUUCGACAGGAUGCUACAGCCUACUGUCGUGUCGUGGAACGCCUUAAUGGCAGGGUACGUGGAAAGCGGGGAUCUGACACUGGUCCUCGAGCUUUUUACAGGUAUGCAACUCAAAGGUUUCUUACCGGAUGCUCUAACUUAUGUUUACGUGUUGAAGGCCUGCAUUGGAUUGGCAGAAGGUGAGAGAAGCCUGCAACUGGAUGGGAGGAGGAUAAAAGUUGAGUCUUUGGAAAAAAGCAUGGCUUUACACUCUCGAGCUGCCGCCAGCGGUUUGGAUACGGACAUGUUUGUGGCUGGGUCCUUGAUCGACCUUUACACAAGCUGUGGGAGCAUGGCCGACGCUCGCCGCGUUUUCGACAGGUUACCUCUGCAUGACGUUGUCUCUUGGACCGCUCUGAUUUCUGGUUAUGCAGAAACUGGAGAAGGAGAUGUGGCUCUGGAGUUGUUCCGAUAUAUGCGAGACGCCGGAUGCUCUCCAGAUGCUCAGACCUUUGUUGCCGCACUCCAGACCUGUGGCAGCUCCGUGGCCUUGGCAUCUGUGAAAGCCAUUCAUGCGGACAAGCUCAAAGGCGGUCUAGAGGACGACGAGUUUUUGGAGACAUCACUGGUGGAUGCGUACGGGAAAUGUGGACGAGCGGUCGAGGCACAGCAGCUGUUUGAUGCGCUUCCCCGACUGGAUCCACCGACCUGGACAAGUCUCAUAGCAGGCUACAGCCGCCAGGGAGACAGCAAGAGAGUGAUCGAGUUCUUCCACGCGAUGCAGCGGGAAGGCUUUCAAGCGGACGAGAUUACGUUCGUGUGUCUCCUCAGCGCGUGCAGCCAUGCCGGUUUCGUGGAGAAGGGGAAGAAGUACUUUGAGCUCAUGCUCCCGAGGUACCGGGUGAGAGCCACUCUGGAACACUACGUGUGCAUGAUCGACAUCUAUGGCCGUGCAAACGAGCUGGAGGCCGCGCUAGAGAUGCUCCGCAACAUGCCGUUCGAAGCCAAUGCCGUUGCUUGGAGGACUCUGCUGGCCGCGUGUGCCAAAUGGAACAACGUGGUGGUGGCGAAAGUGGCCUUCGAUGCUCUAGUGGAGCUGGACCAGGCAAGCGCUGCGGCUUACUCCUUGAUGGGAAACAUCUACGGAAGCACAGGCAUCAAAACCACGUCGACAAACUGGCUUUCACACAAGAGACAACGCUAAGAAAGAGCAUACUGAGAACUCACUGCUCUUCCUUUCAGCUAAG